AGGGCCUCUCAAAAUGUAACUGAUUAGAAAUUGAUUUUAUUUUCUUUUAGAAAAUCUAUUUCUAAAACUGAUCUGUUUUAACUUCAUUCUUGUACCAUUCUUCAAUCAAAUUGCCUUUCCAAUUUACUUAGCAAUUUCUUAAUUACCAAAUAUUCAGUGUUAAAAGCAGUUUUAUUAGCUGGUCGUGGUGACACAUGCCUGUAAUCCCAGCACUCGGGAGGCUGAGGCAGGAGAAGUGCCAUGAGUUCAAGGCCAGGCUGGGCAAUAGAAUGGUGUUACUCUCGUAUGGGGGAUCCUAAAGGUUAUAUUAUUGCAGAAACCCACUCUGCACUGCCAGCCCUUAGAGAAGAAAUUGAAAAUAUAUGUGCAACAAUCUCAAUGACCAAGGUUACCCAAGUAGCAAUUCACCAUAAUAAAUGUCUGGAAGCUGAUGGUCACCAUUUUGAACACCUCUUGUAAUUAUGGAGGCCAAAGCUGUGUUAAAGGAGAAAGGAACUUCCUUAACACUAUACUCUUCAGUCAUUGUCCAUUUUUGCUGCCUCAAGGUGAAGAUGUGGAAAAAAUUUUGGAUGAAUGGAAGGAAUAUAAAAUGGGAGUUCCAACAUAUGGUGCAAUUAUUCUUGAUGAAACACUUGAAAAUGUACUACUGGUUCAGGGGUACCUAGCAAAAUCAGGCUGGGGAUUUCCCAAAGGAAAAGUAAAUAAAGAAGAAGCUCCUCAUGAUUGUGCUGCUAGAGAGGUCUUUGAAGAAACUGGUUUUGAUAUCAAAGACUAUAUUUGUAAGGAUGAUUACAUUGAACUGAGAAUCAAUGACCAACUUGCUCGUUUGUACAUCAUUCCAGGAAUUCCAAAAGACACAAAAUUUAACCCCAAAACCAGAAGAGAAAUUCGGAACAUUGAGUGGUUCUCCAUUGAGAAAUUACCCUGUCACAGAAAUGAUAUGACCCCCAAAUCCAAACUUGGUUUGGCACCGAACAAAUUUUUUAUGGCCAUUCCCUUUAUCAGGCCAUUAAGGGACUGGCUUUCUCGAAGAUUUGGGGAUUCCUCAGACAGUGACAAUGGAUUUUCCUCAGCUGGUAGCACACCAGCCAAAGCCACUGUGGAAAAAUUGAGUCGAACCAAAUUCCGCCACAGCCAGCAAUUAUUUCCUGAAGGUUCUCCUGGAGACCAGUGGGUAAAGCACAGGCAGCCAGUGCAGCAAAAGCCAUACAACAGCCAUUCUGAAAUGUCUGACCUAUUAAAAGCAAAGAAUCAGAGUAUGAGGGGAAAUGGCAGAAAACAGUAUCAAGACUCACCUAAUCAAAAGAAAAGAACUAAUGGGACCCACAGUCAGCCAGCGAAGCAGCAGAAUUUGUUGAUGAAAUGUGAAAAGAAACUGCAUCCGCGAAAACUUCAGGAUAACUUUGAAGCAGAUGCUGUAUAUGACUUGACUUGCUCCGUUGAAGACCACUUGCUAGAACAUCCAGAGGAACAAUCUGUGGCAUGUAAUGGACAUUGCAAGUUCCCCUUUUCAUCCAGAGCCUUUUUGAGUUUCAAGUUUGACCACAAUGCUAUAAUGAAAAUCUUGGACCUUUGAUACCAGCAGAUGUAUUGUAGAAGUCUCAAGAUCAGAGGCCUGUUGCAUUUGAGUGGGUGUCUCCUCAAGCCUUACCUUUCUCAGGUGUUUUAAAGAAAUGCAGGGAGGCAGUGUUUCUGAAGAAAUUUUUUUUUCCAGAAGAGAAAGUAGAAAUGAGUUUGCACUGUAAAUGCAGUUAUAACCUUUUAAUCCAGUUUUACUUUUUCAGUAUUUGGAAGUUUUAAGUUGCUUUUUUUGAGGGCAUUUAUUUUGUGUGACUGUGGGUCUUAUUUUGUAUUCUGAUCAAGAAAAUAGUAUUUGAGUCAUCAGUAAGUAAGUGGCCAAGUUAAUGGGAAGGUUUCGUCUACCCAGUACAGUGAUUACAAUAAUAGUUUACUUAUAUGAAAUUUCAAAAGGAAACUUAAAAUACCCUAUUAGUAAAUGAAUAUAAAAGUGAAAAUGUCAUGCAUGUCAAGAUUACACCUCAUCAAGAGGGUAGCAUUUUGCUCAUUUCUCUGUGUCUAACCAUUGAGGCUCUCUGGUACUCUGGCUUGGAGUUUUAUUGAAAGAAUUUAUUUAGAGCCAGCAUCUGUGAUAUAAUAUUCAUGUGCAAAAUGAACUCUUAGUACUUCAUAAACACACAGUCUGCAGCCUGAUAGGGAUCAUGUUGAUGUGGAGUUGAUGCUGUAAUUUUGAAUCGUGCUGCAUGCAAUCAGUAAACCUGUGAAUGCUGAAGCAGAGAGCAUGGAGCCAAGACUCAGCAGUCACUUUGGGUCAUGUCUUUACCAUCUUGCCUCCAACGCUUUGGUAUUGUACAAUGAUUUUGUUCUUGUGAAAAUUUCUUCCAUAUUCCAGUUGUGUAAAUAUGUAAGGAAAACUGACAAUAUUAGUUUUACAUGGCAUAUCAGUGUUGGUCUAUAGAAAAUGGUGUUAUAUUGGUUCCAGUUUGCGGUAGUGGUAGAGAAUGACAUGCUUUAUUGGCAUCUGAGGCCCCAGAUGAUGGAGUCAGAAGAGAUGGGAUGUGCAGUUUACCCAUGGACAAAUAAAGCACUUCACUAGGGAGAAUCAGAACAUGGAAGUAAUGUACCUAACUCAGUCCUAGGAAUGUAUUUUGCUCCUUCAGGGUUCUUAUAUCCAAGUAAAGAUGGCAAUGACCAUUUUAAGAAGGGUUUCAGCUAUGAUUAAGGACAAUCACCAGAGCUUUAAGGAGGCAUUACUUUUUUUGGCUGCAUCUGACCUCAUUGAAGAUACUUCUUGGGGGAGAGGGGGUGGAGUGUUUGACGUAUGUGUGUGCAACUGUCAUGUGAGUUUUAAAAAUCUUUUUAUAAGUGGUAUCCACAGAAUAUAUCUCUGCUUAUAAAUGUUACUGCAGAAUUCUUUAUUCUAUAUAGGUAGCCUACUUAGCCCUGUGGGACUUUUAAAAGAAGGGCUAUCAUAAGGAAUUCACUUGGUAUUACUACUUUGCUUUAGCUUUUAAGUGACUCGAUUUUAAAGGAGAAAUUUUAUUUAUUAUUGAAAGUGUCACUCUUGGUGCUAAGCAGAAUUCAUAAUUAUGGUUUGUUUAGAAUUAUGUUAUCCAUAAUCCUAUAUCUUUUAACAUGACUAAUUUGUGAAUCCCGUGACCUGUGCUUUUUAAUGCAUUACAUGAUUGCAUUUGAAAGUUCUUUGUUCUUUUCAGAAAUACAGCUGCUUUGCUUGGGUCUCCUUGAGCCAUAUUUAUAGUUGGUCCCACCAUUCCAGAUUUCUGUUAAAUUGUUAAGGGAAUGAAAUACUAGUUUGCCUAGCAGAUGAAUCAUUUUCAAUUGUUUACUGUCGUCUAAACCAUUUAAUUUUUAGGGUUUAUUUUUUUAAACAUGUGACUUUUUUUUUCUUAUUAAAUGAGUACUUUUGGUCAGUCUUUCUGGUGCCUGUAGAGUUAGAUUUUUCAGCUCCCAAUACUAAAGAGCAAAAGAGAUUAGUUAUCAGAAGUGUGGUUUCUAAUAUGGUUAAGUGUUUUGAAGAACCAACAAAUUAUCUUUUUAAUUACAAUAGUUAUUACUGUUGUGCUGCUUCAUUUAAUGCACUGUGGAACAAAAUAAGGUUAUGGUUGGGAUGCAAUUAUGAUAACUUUAGGCUUUUUACUCUCUUGACAGGUUGAGAUUAAACAUGUUAAAAGAUGAGUUAAAGUUUAUGUACAUGAUGUGACUUAACUAUGCAGAAUAAAUGUUUAAGUGGAUGUACCUGGUUUAUGUACAUCUGUUUUACUUCUUUUCGGUGUUUAGGUUACCUUGAGGUAGGCUAUGCUUAGCACAAGACUAGAUUUUUUUCUUUGAAAUAUUUUACCAUGGUUUGAGGAAAUUGUAUGCUAAAGAAGUAUGCUGAAUAUGCAAUAAUGUACUUCUGUUGAGUGCUGCAUUUUAAGAAUCUCAAGAAGAGUAGUUAGGGCUUCAUUUUUAAAAAAAAUUUUUUUGGUACUGGGGAUUGAACUCAGGACCUCACACUUGCGAGGCAGGUGGCGGAACCAGUGAGCUAAAUCCCUGGCCCAUGGUUUCAUUAUUUUUAAUGUGUUUGAGAGAUAGGUCUUUAAAUUCUUGUUUUUAAAUGUUCUUCUGUUCCAGCCAUACAUGUUCCAAAGUGCAGUGCACUGUGAAUCUUGUUUUUUAAAAUUUUGUAGGUGCUUUUAUGUUUAACUUUGAUGCAUAGGCUGUUAAAUGAAUUGUUUUUGUACUAAAUCAUUGUAAUUUAAACAGUAAGGAUGCAGUUUACAUGCUUUCUACAAAAAAAAAAAUAAUUAAGAAAUAGCAGAUGGUUUUAGGAUUUGAUGCCUUCCUGAGACCUGAACAUUUGGAGAGGUCUGGGAACUUAAUAGAUCUUUGGUAGCAAAGGUGAAAUAUAAUUUAAAAAUUUAAGUUCAAGUUUCAUGUUAAUAUAUAUGUAAAGGAUAAAGCCUCUCAAUGCUGUCAGGAUUUUUGGUUACUGCUUGCUGAUUUGAGCUUUUAAUAUCAUUAUUUUUGUAUAAAGUAUCAGUAAACACAGAUAACAAAGAUACGUAAAAAUUUAUGCUACAUGAUUGGCUCGUACUUUUUAUUUUGAAGUCUUUAGUACUUUGUAUUGUCAAAAAGAACUCAAAUCUAAAUGAAUGACAUCCUUCUACUGUAGGAAUUAAGUUCCUCUAUGAAAUUCAGCAUUGUGUUCUCUAGAAAAGUUAAUCAGUUUGAUGUCCUCUUCCCUUACUGUUGCCUUUGUAUGUAUCUCCCCCUCUUUUGUCUUCAACAUUUACAGUACUUAACAGUAAGAAGAGCAAAAUUAAUUACAAAAAUUGGAGUUUUUGCCAAGUUUUUCUUACUGUGCUACCUCUCGGCUUUUUAGCUUUCUUUGUACCAGCAAACCUCCUUGCUCAGAGACUUUGUUUUGAUUCAUAUUCAUAGUUUUACAGUCAUAGCUAUGAUCAUUAACACUUGGUCUUUGUGGUUUUGAUUAUCUUCUAGCUUGGAGAAGGAUCUCAAAUGUAUUAUUAUAACUUUAAAUUAAUGAUGAGCAAAACAAACCAUUUUGUCCGAAGGUAUCUUUUACCUUUAUAGCCUGUCUCUGGGUCAACAUUAGUAAAACAACAGUUACGAUAAAUUUUAUUCCUGACAGCUUGGUGAAGCCUGGGUAGAAGUUCUCAUUUAUUAUGUCCUAAGACUUUAAAGUGCAUUAAUACAGUUGCCAAAAAUUUUGAAAAUAAGCUUAUGAUGGGUUUUUUUAGCAUUUUUUUUUCUUCCUAGAAUUGAAUUACUCUUGAGGCCUGUAACUCCUGGCCCAGAAGGCAGCAGGUUGCAGAUGGGCAGUACAAGCUUGAUCUCCUGCUUUCAAAGUAGUGUUCUGGAGUUGAAGUUUCAGGAAAUAAUGAUAAAUUAUUAUUUUAGAACAAAAGUGCCCUGAAAAGAGAAGAUAGCCUUAGUUGUGGAGCAAAGAGUAUAAAGGUAUAUCAGCACUUGAGCUGUAUAAUAACACCUGGUCAUUGCCUAGUUUUAAGCAUAGUCUGAUAUAUAUGGUGAUUGCCAAAUAUUUUCUAGCCCUGAAUGAAGUUAUUUUUUUCUAGGUAUGAUUGCCAAGCAAUCCAGUGAAUCUAAAGUAAUUUUUCUCACUUAAAAACCAGUGUUUGGGAGUCUGUUUCUUUCUGUGUUGAUAGCCACAGAACUAAGUCUAGCCACUGUGAAGUGGCCGAUAGCCCAGAGCACACACAGCCGGGUGUGUGGUAGCCAUACAUUUGUCCUGAAUGGUGACUGAUUUCUUAUCAGCUACUUUCCUUGUGACAAAUUGCAUUUAUUAUUCAAAUAGUAGUCUGUAGGGCUGGGAUUUAGCUCAGUGGUUCUGCCGCCUGCCUCGCAAGUGUUAAGUCCCGAGUUCGAUCCCUGGUACCCCCCCCAAAAUAACCAGUAGUCUGUAGCUCUAGAAAAAUGAAGCUCUCAUGAAUGGGACUAGACUUACUGCUCAUAUUCCAGCAUGUACAAAGAAAUGUUCAUAAUGGAGUUUACUCUGGGUCCCCAGAUUAAUUAAAUCACCAAUAAAAGUUUAGGUCUUCUGCAAUUAUCAGAAGAGAUAGUUUAACCAUAUUAACUUGAAAGUACAAUGUAAAAGAAACUAACCUUCGUAAGAUGUUGCAUUAGUUGAGUGAUAUUACUUAAGGGUGCUCUGAGGACAUUGAAUGCAGAAAUCAACUGUGGGUUGUGUGACUUUUCUCUUUAGUGUACUUCACUCUAAGAGUUAAGGCCCUAAAUAUAUAUUUUGGAGGCACACAGUUGUUUGUUUUUAAUGACCAGUCUUUUGAGUACCAUGUUUAAAGACUUGUUUCUUACCCUUUUUCUUAGUUUGGCCAGGAAGAAGCUAUUGAGUCUUGUUUUUAUGUUUUGGUUUGGUUUGGUUUUCCUGAUUUGUUCCUUUUGGGAAUACUCUGGUUUUUCUUUUGUCUCUGCUACAUCCCUUUGGUGAAUCCAUCACUGUCAGAAUUUGCAAGUAGUGAUUUGCCUUCUGGAGAAGGCAACUUCACUUUGACCCUGGGAACACCUGUGUUCUUCUGACUCAGUGUGUGGUCAGCCUAGUUUGCUGGUCUUUGAGGGGUCUUCUUAGGAUAGUGGACUUUUUGAGAUAGAAGGUAACAUUAAUCUACUUUUAAUGUAGUGAAUCCAGAGUUCUAAAUAUAUAGCUACAGACUGGCAAAAUAUUUGGGGCACAAGUCUACAUUGUAAUUUCUCAAGUUUUAAGAAAUUAAUGCAUGCUUUUUUUUUUUUUUUGGUAUCAAACUCAGAUCCUUGCGCUUCCGUAGCAGGCAGUGAAACCACUGAGCUAAAUCCCCAGCCCAUCGCAUGCUUUUUUGAUAUUUAGGAAUAAACUAUGAACUGCAGCAAAUGAAAGCAAAGUAAAGGUUCUCAGCUCAAUGAAAUCUAGAAAAACUUUGGCAGUUCAGUUGAUGGCAGACUUGCGUUCUUCAUGCACUAUUAUGGUAUGCACUGGUAGAAAAGCACACAAGACAUAUCUGCAAGAAUCUGUGCAUUUCACUGCUGUCCUAGGGCACUGCUGUCUCUGUGUUCAUUUUAGGUUUGUGUUUGGAUGUUGCACAAAUAACUAUGAAAUGUCAAAUGCAAAAUCUAAAGAAAUAAGACUUUAAUUUUCCUUUUCAUUUAAAGUUAGGACAGGAGGUGGCUAGUCUCACUUCCACUUAACACUAUUCAAACAGAAAAGGACAAUAAACCAUGAAUAUUUUGAUUUACAUAUUUUUCCUUAUAUUUUUGAUGUUUGCUUAUCGUAAAACUAUUGUACUUUCAAAAGAUCAUCUUUGUUAAGUAUUGACUUAUCCUAGAUCUAUAUAUAAUUCAGACUUAAUUUUGUAUUGGCUUUAAUGAAACUUUAAAACCAUCUAAUAUUUUAGAGUGAUUAAUCAAAUAAAAUAGUUUAUGUAUUAGCUAGCUUAAGUGAAAUAUCUCUUAAGAUUGUUUUUCAUCUAACCAAAAUAGGGCAUAGUUUAGUUUGAAUGGGAAAGGGAAUAAUUGGUUUUUUAAAUUCUGUGCCUAUUUCUAGAAGAAGAUUUGAAGUGACUUUUUUUACAUUAUGCUGUGAAGAGUAGAUAAUGUUUAUGGAACAUAGUCUUAAACAGUUCGGGAGUAAGUUUUAGUCUGAAAAAUAGAUGUUUAUGCUGAGUUAUGUUAAGUGAGUUAUUUUUAUUUGUGAUAUACAAAAGCAGGAAGAUAAAAAUUGAUGAAGUGGUUUUUCUAAAAAUAUGAAAAAUAAGUAUGAGAAUUGACUAUAUUAAGUGGAAAAAAAAUGAACUUUAGAGUAAAUGUGAUAUUUUGAUAUAUUUGUAAAGUUUAUUUCUCCGGUAAUUAUUUUUGUCUUAUGUGAAAUCACUUAAAUUUAAUUUUUGCUUAAAGUUUUAUUACUUUACCUUGGAGGGCAUUUUAAUGCCUGGAGAAAAACUGUAAGUAAAGUCUUUUAAGUGAUUCUGUCUACAGUAGUUUUAUAAGUUCUUGCUGCCUUUCUUAGUUGUCAAACACAGCCAAGAAAGAACCCCAGAAUACCUGUUAAUAAGUUCAACUUGUAGUUAGAAGAAUUGAAACCUUUGAAACAUAUGUUGUUUCUGGAUUCAUUACAGUGGUACAGCAAUAGCUUUGUCUUUUUCCUUCAGUGUUAAUGAAAGGGGGUGAGGACUGAUUUUUAACCUAUCUUGGGUGUAACUGUCAUAAAUAAAAGAUUUCUCGUGACUCAUGUUUGUGAAUUGAAAUUUAAAUGUUUGCAAGAACAUUACACUUCCAAAGACAUGGAGAUUGUCAACUGUGCUCUCCACUGAGAAGAUGAACGAAAUUUUUGUACUUUAGUCUUUUGUAAGCUUUUUGUUGUAAAUAACAUCAGUUUAGAAACUAAAAACCUCCUUUUAUAAAGUAGAAUUAUGAAAAGUUGAUCAAAUAUUGGCUUAUUGUAUUAAAGUUAGGCUAUUUGUAAUGCAAUAACCAAUAAAAUUGGCUACUUGGGUAGUUUUAGUUACCAUCUUAACCUUAUUUUUGGUAGUUCGUUGUUAUUGUGGGUUCUUACUUGUAUUUUGGUUACCAUCUCUUUGGACUAAUAAAAAAUGGUGAAUAUGAUAAACAAAUUCUAACAGGAAGAAAUAUUAAAAGGUAAUCUGCCUGAAAAUAGAGAA